GUUUGCCUUCCGGUUCUGUACUGCGCAUGCGCACUUCUAUGGUGGCCUUCUCUGUCUGUACCAUACGCAUUUUUCUAAACAACCUAAGUGCAAUAGCAGAAAAGGCUCGUUGCCAGGCCUUCAACCAUGGCGGACAUUAAAAACUUCCUAUAUGUUUUUUGUGGGAAAAAGAAGAUAACGCCUAACUAUGACAUCCGAGCAGCUGGAAAUAAAAACAGACAGAAAUUCACGUGUGAGGUGCGUGUUGAGGGUUACAAUUACAUCGGCAUGGGAAACUCCACCAACAAGAAGGAUGCUCAGACCAAUGCUGCCCGAGAUUUUGUGAAUUAUCUUGUCAGGACAAAAGAGAUCAAUGCUUGUGAUGUACCUGCUUUAGGGGUCAGCAUGCCUGAUGGAGGAAAUGGGGGUGAUGGAGGUGAAGGAGGAAGUGGGUUUGGAAAUCUUCCAUCCAAUUGUCCACUGCCACCACAUCUGGCUGUGAAGUCUGAAAUUGGGGAAACAAAAGGACAAGAGUCUGAAUGUUCUGCACCUGUCCCUGGGAUCACAGGUUUGGGUUACUCUGGCAUGAACAAUGCCCAAUGGGAGCGAGGAGCCAAUCUCCAAGACUAUUACUCCAGAAAAGAGGAACAGGAUGCAAAAGCGACCUAUGAAUCUGAAGAGGUUGAUCUGAAUGCUGGCCUGCAUGGGAACUGGACUCUGGAUAACGCAAAGGCCCGUCUGAACCAGUUCUUUCAAAAAGAGAAAAACCAAACAGACUACAAGUAUAGCCAAGUGGGACCGGAUCACAACAGGAGUUUUAUUGCCGAGAUGACACUCUUUGUAAGGCAACUCGGUAGAAAGAUUUUUGCUCGUGAACACGGCUCAACUAAGAAGCUGGCUGCCCAGUCCUGUGCGUUGUCUCUGGUCCGUCAGCUUUACCAUCUAGGGGUCAUCGAAGCCUACACAGGGCAGACCAAGAAGAAAGACGGAGAAACUUUGGACGUAUAUGAAGUAAAUCUUAGCGACGAUCUACCAAAUCAAGUAAUGAGCAUCGUGCAGGAACUUGGGCUCCAGAUCCCUCCACCCCCUCAGGAUCCCAACAGUCCUGUGUCUCUGGUUCAAGGGAAGUUGGCUCAGUUUGAACCUUCACAAAGGCAGAGCACUGCAGGAGUGGUGCCGUGGUCUCCUCCACAGGUCAACUGGAACCCCUGGACCAGUAGCAACAUCGAUGAAGGACCACUGGCCUUUUGCACCCCAGAACAGAUCAACAUGGACCUGCUGAGCGAGCUCAACUAUCAACUGGAGCAGGACAGGAAUCUGCAAGUGACUCUAGCAGAAAGAAAUCAGCUGCCUGUAAAGAACUUUGAGAAAGAAAUCAUGGGCGCUAUUCACAAUAACUCUGUGGUCAUCAUCCGAGGAGCCACUGGCUGUGGAAAAACCACCCAAAUCCCUCAAUACAUACUGGAUGAGUUCGUAAAGGGAGGCAAGGCAUCUGAAUGCAACAUCAUUGUUACUCAGCCAAGGAGGAUCAGUGCUGUGUCGGUGUCGGAACGUGUGGCCUUCGAAAGAGGAGAAGAGGUGGGGAAAAGCUGCGGCUACAGCGUGCGUUUCGAGUCGGCACUACCCAGACCUCACGCCAGCAUCCUUUUCUGUACAGUCGGAGUGUUGCUGAGAAAGUUGGAAGCUGGUAUCCGUGGCAUCAGUCAUGUGAUUGUGGAUGAAAUCCAUGAAAGAGACCUAAAUUCUGAUUUCCUGCUGGUGGUGUUGAGAGAUGUGGUCCAGGCCUACCCUGACGUGCGCAUCAUCCUUAUGUCUGCCACCAUUGACACUAGCAUGUUUAAGGAAUAUUUCUUCAACUGUCCCGUCAUUGAGGUGCAUGGACGUGCACAUCCUGUACAAGAGUAUUUUCUGGAAGACUGCAUUCAGAUGACCCAGUUUGUACCACCACCGAUGGAUAGGAAAAGAAAAGAUAAAGAUGAAGAGGGAGCAGGAGGAGAUGAAGAAGUCAACUGUAAUGUUAUUUGUGGACCCGAGUAUAGCCCAGAAACCAAGCGUGCCAUGUCCCAGCUAAAUGAGAAGGAAACUCCCUUUGAGCUGAUCGAGGCGUUGCUGAAGUACAUUGAAACGCUGAAAGUACCCGGGGCUGUGCUGGUCUUCCUGCCAGGCUGGAAUCUCAUCUAUUCAAUGCAGAAACAUCUGGAGAUGAGCCCACACUUCGGCGGUCCGCAAUACAGAAUCCUGCCACUUCAUUCUCAAAUCCCCAGAGAGGAACAAAGGAGAGUCUUUGAGCCCACACCUGAUGGUGUGACUAAGGUCAUUUUGUCCACCAACAUUGCAGAGACCAGCAUUACCAUCAACGAUGUGGUCUUCGUCCUUGACUCCUGCAAGCAAAAAGUGAAGUUGUUCACCUCUCAUAACAACAUGACAAACUAUGCCACGGUAUGGGCCUCCAAGACCAACCUCGAGCAGAGGAAGGGACGAGCCGGCCGAGUGAGACCCGGCUUCUGUUUCCACCUGUGCAGCAGAGCUCGUUUCGAAAAGCUGGAGACCCACAUGACUCCAGAAAUCUUCCGCACGCCGCUACAUGAGGUUGCCCUAAGCAUUAAGCUGCUGAGACUGGGAGCCAUCGGGCACUUCCUCUCCAAAGCCAUUGAGCCUCCUCCAUUGGAUGCUGUAAUUGAAGCAGAACAUACGCUUAGAGAUUUGGACCUUUGAAUGUAAACGUUGAGAACCCCUGCUUUAGACAGUAAUGAUGAGCUGACUCCACUGGGACGCAUCUUAGCCAAGCUGCCCAUUGAACCUCGUCUGGGAAAGAUGAUGAUUAUGGGAUGCAUCUUUAAUGUUGGAGAUGCAGCGUGCACUAUCUCUGCAGCAUCUUGUUUCCCUGAGCCUUUCAUCAGCGAGGGAAAGCGUCUCGGCUACGUCCAUAGGAACUUUGCUGGCACACGUUUCUCUGAUCACGUGGCCUUACUUUCUGUUUUCCAGGCCUGGGAUGAAGUCAGGAUGGGAGGUGAGGACGCAGAGAUCCGGUUUUGCGAACACAAGAGGCUCAACAUGCCCACUUUGAGAAUGACCUGGGAGGCUAAAGUCCAGCUGAAAGAGAUCCUUGUUAACGUGGGCUUCCCUGAAGAGUGCCUCAUGAAUCAAUUGUUCAAUACUGUGGGACCAGACAAUAAUUUGGAUGUGGUGAUCUCUCUGCUGACAUUUGGCUCUUACCCCAACGUGUGUUAUCACAAAGAGAAAAGGAAGAUCUUGACCACAGAGGGACGAAAUGCUCUUAUACACAAAUCCUCUGUCAACUGUCCCUUCACCACCCAAGAUAUGCAAUACCCAUCUCCCUUUUUUGUCUUCGGGGAAAAGAUCCGAACCCGAGCUAUCUCUGCCAAAUCCAUGACUCUCGUCAGCCCUCUUCAGCUUAUUCUGCUUGGCUCAAAAAAGAUCACAUCCAAUGGAGAAAUCGUUGAACUUGAUGAGUGGAUCAAAUUGCGGAUUCCCCAUGAUGUAGCUGGUGGUGUGGCGGCCAUGAGGGCGGCUUUUGAAGCCCUGGUGGUCGAAGUGACCAAAGAUCCGGAAUACAUCAGAAAUAUGGAUCCGAUGAACGAACGUUUGCUUAAUGUCAUGCGGCUUGUAUCUAGACCCUCUUCAGCGGGUAUGAACCUCAUGGCCACUAACAAACGCUUUGGAGAUGGUCCACGACCACCCAAGAUGGCUCGUACUGACUUUGGAGGAGGAGGUGGAGGCUUUGGGGGACGUGGAGGAGGAUACGGAGGAGGUGGUGGUGGUGGAUACCGAGGUGGUGGAUACAGAGGAGGAGGCGGUGGUGGAUACAGAGGGGGUGGAGGCUACCAGGGUGGUGGAGGUGGUUACAGAGGGUCAGGAGGGUAUCGUGGUGGGGGUGGUUACAGGGGAGGUGGAGGGUAUAGAGGAGGAGGAGGAGGUGGUGGUGGUGGUUUCCGAGGUGGCUGGGGAGGAAACAGAGGUGGGAAUUAAAGGAUGUCCAAGCAUGGAUGUAACUUGCUCUAUAAAAAUAAGAAAUAUUCACAAAAGUUAUCCAGUUGACUGUUCUAGUGGGAGCUAACAGAUAUCUUUAGUUGUUGUUGUUUUUUUCUUUUUACUGUUUAUGCGGUUAAACAUGACUAAAGAGCUAAUUUGUGAGAAACAACAUUUUACCCGUUUUAUUGUUUCUGUGUUUGUUUGUUUGUUUGUUUCUUUGAAGCAAAGCUUGUUAAAUGUACGUGAUGAUUCCAAAUAAAAAAAAUGUAAUUAUGCCUCUA